UUGCCCACUAUGAUCAUGGCCAACAUGACCAACGAACAGCUGGAAGCAUAUACCUUGCACUUGCGUAUCGAAGAGAUUAGCCAGAAACUGCGCAUCAACGAUGUUGUUCCGGCGGAUGGCCACAGGUCUCCGUCACCUCCUCCGCAGUAUGAUAACUUUGGUCGUCGUGUCAAUACGCGCGAGUACAGAUAUCGUAAGCGUUUGGAAGACGAGCGCCAUAAGCUUAUCGAGAAGGCUAUGAAGGCGAUCCCUAACUACCACCCGCCGUCUGACUACAGACGUCCUACUAAGACUCAGGAGAAGGUCUAUGUGCCGGUCAACGAUUAUCCGGAAAUUAACUUCAUUGGACUUCUUAUCGGACCUCGUGGCAACACCCUUAAGAAGAUGGAAACGGAGUCUGGUGCCAAGAUUGCCAUUCGUGGCAAAGGCUCCGUCAAAGAAGGAAAAGGACGUUCUGAUGCUGCUCACACCAGCAACCAGGAAGAAGAUCUGCAUUGUCUGAUCAUGGCCGAUACUGAAGAGAAGGUUAACAAAGCUAAAAAGUUGAUUCAUAAUGUCGUUGAGACUGCCGCCUCGAUUCCUGAAGGACAAAACGAGCUCAAGCGGAACCAGCUUCGUGAACUCGCGGCGCUCAACGGUACUCUGCGAGAUGAUGAGAAUCAAGCUUGUCAGAACUGCGGACAAAUCGGACAUCGCAAAUACGAUUGCCCCGAGCAGCGCAACUUCACUGCCAAUAUCAUCUGUCGCGUCUGUGGAAAUGCUGGUCACAUGGCCAGGGAUUGU